CAUGGCGGAGGUUGGCAGAGUGCCGCUGAGCGACCCUGGUGCUCUGCUGCCCGCAGGCUUCUGGGCUGCCGUGACCGUGUGGCUGGAGAGGCCACAGGUGGUCAACAAACGGCUGUGCGGCGUCCGCGUGGAGGUCCGCGGGAGCGCUUCGCGGCCCCGCGCCCAGGCAGAGUGCGGACCACGGCGUGGACGGGGACACGGGCCGGAGGGGCUUGACACGGGGGAACCCGGAUACGCCUCUCCCGAAGGAGAGCCGGGGUUGGGACCUAGGGCAAUCGGCGAAGGCGACGCCCCCGCGGCUGACUUAGACUCGCUGUGGGACCGAGUCUCCCAAAGCCUCGUCCAGGACAGUUCGGAAAUGCUGGCUUCCCUCUCUGGCGCCGCGUUCGGUUCUCAGCCUGAAGCCGCGCAGGAGCUCGAUCUGGUUCUCAGAACCGUCAUCCCGAAAGCGAGCCCCCACUUCUCCCUUACAGUGCCGAAGAAAGAACUGGUGGUGCAAGAUGUCUCCAAUGGGAGGGUCACCUUUUUGCCCUUGGAAGAAGAUGAUGCAGGGAAUUUGGAAGUUAAGAUGAGCAACGUUUAUCAGCUCCAUCUGCACCACAGUGAAGGAGAAUGGUUCAUAUCUGUUUUAAUUUUCUGUCCAGAGAGGUGGCACUCAGAUGGUGUUGUCUAUCCCAAGCCGGCCUGGCUUGGAGGAGAACUGCUGUCCAAGCUGGCCAGGUGGGCCGUGGAGAACAGGAAGAGCGAGUUUAAAAGCACACUCUCCCUAGUGUCCAUCCUGCGCUAUAGCAGGAUGUACUGGGAGCUCAAAGAGAAGUACAGAGACAUGGUGAAGGUUUGGCCUGAAGUAACCGAUCCUGAAAAGUUUGUCUAUGAAGACGUGGCCAUCGCUACGUACCUGCUGAUCCUCUGGGAAGAGGAAAGGGCCGAGAGGGGAGUCACCACCAAGCAGUCCUUUGUGGACUUGGGGUGUGGAAAUGGCCUUCUGGUCCACAUCUUGAGCAACGAGGGGCAUCCAGGCAGAGGGAUUGAUGUCCGAAGGAGAAAAAUCUGGGACAUGUAUGGACCCCAAACUCAGUUGGAGGAAGGUUCCAUCACUCCAAGUGACAAGACCCUGUUCCCUGGUGUUGAUUGGCUGAUUGGUAACCAUUCUGAUGAGCUCACCCCCUGGAUUCCUGUCAUUGCAGCCAGGUCUUCCUACACCUGCCGGUUCUUUGUCCUGCCCUGCUGUUUCUUUGACUUUGUGGGACGAUACCGGCGGCGGCAGAGCAGUAAGACACAGUACCGAGAGUACCUGGACUUCGUGUUGGAGGUGGGGCUCUCCUGUGGCUUCCACAUGCAGGAGGACUGCCUCAGGAUUCCUUCUACCAAGCGGGUUUGCCUUAUUGGGAAAUCCAGAACAUACCCACCUUCUGCAGAGGUCUGGAUGGAUGAGCAGAGAACACGGUACCUACACAGCAGACAGGGCCACCCCCAGAGCCUGCCCAGUGAGAGACAUGCAUCUUCUGCACCCCAGACUACUGCUCACGAUGCCGGUCACCAAGACUGUCACAGGACCUUUGCUGCUGGGACUGAGUGCAUGUCUGAGGGCCUGGCUGCUGAGCGAGGAGCAGAAGCCCAAGCCACAGGGCUCUGGGCACCUGGCUUCAGCCCUAGAGAAAAGGCUGAACGUGUGAGGAAUUGCGCUACCCUCCCUAGAGAUUUCAUUGACCAAGUGGUUUUACAAGUGGCCAAUUUGUUAUUAGACGGAAAGAAGUUAAACAUGGGAACCUCUGAAGAUGGGAGUCUGAAGACCUGGAAUGGAGGAGGGAGCCUUUCCCUGGCAGAAGUGGCUGCGGAACUGAACCCAGAGAUGCUGCGAAGGCUGAAGCGGGAGUGCGGAGGCCUACAGACCCUGCUCAGGAAUAGCCAUCAGGUGUUUGAAGUUCUGAAUGGGCGAGUUCACAUCCGUGACUGGCGGCGAGAGCUGCAGAGGGAAAAGCUUCCAGAAGCCAAGCGGAGCCUGUCUGCAGAGGUGUUCAAGACUCGCAUGUGCUGGUUCUUCGCUCACCAUCCUGAUGGCUGCAUACUGCCUGCUGCCCAUUGCCCCUUCGCCCAUGGGCCCGAAGAGCUGCGCCUGUCCCGGACCUCAAAGAAGCAGAGGCAGGCUUCCUGAGUCACUUCUCUGUGAUCUCUCGGGCUUUUGCCUCUGUGGCUCUCCUGCCUGUCUCACUUGCCCUGAUGACACUGUGCUGAGCUGGGUUGGCUUCAGUGUGACCUGUUGGUGUGACAGUUACUGGCACAUGUCUCCAGGCUGCAGAGCCUCCUUGGCUCUUCUCAGACUGCCCUGAUGCCAGAGCUACUGGGUCAGCCUCUACAGACAUGACCUUCUCAUUCUCAGGGCUGUGUGUCCCAGGUUUCCUCUGCCUGGGAGCUCGCUGCAGGCUAGUCACAGGAUCCUGAAAGCAGAGAUGCAAGGCUUUCUGAGUCCUAGAGAGGAAAGCUUUCAGAGUCACACCCGGCCACCCUGUGUUGAAGGCAUGACUCAGAGUGAACACUGCCUCCUCUUUACCCUUCUCUUUGGAACCCUCUCCCUAGAAGUGUUGGACAGUUUUUCCUUUCAGGAAAAAUUAUUUUCAUUUACAUUUAUUUUCAGUCUUACACAAAAGAUGCCACUCAUUUCAUCUUGGCUGAAUGUCCUGGGGGCCAGCCUCUCUGAAACCUCGUGUGGUAGAAGUUUCUGGUGACUGUCCUGGUGUCACCUGAGCAAUGAGAAUGAAGUUACUUCUUUUGAAGUGCUAAAGGCUCUACAGUAUCCUGGGUCAGGGCAGGUGAGAACCCACAGAGCAUCUUCCCACCUCUUCCCUUGCCAGUGUGAUAGCCCCAACACCCAGAGCAGAGCCCCAACACCAGAGAUGAUCUGCACCCAGGCAAUACCACCACUGUCUUGCAUGGACUAAGCUGUGGCCUCAGGGACUCAAAGAGGGGCAGUCUCUGUCCUCUUUGGCCCUGCCUACAAUGGCCUUUUCUCCCAGGUUGAUUGGGGCUCAGAACCUGCAGAGCCCUUUUCCAGCCUGGAGUCCUGAGAAGCAGCAUUUGGUCUCAAGCCCUGCAGGUGUGUGAAAUUCUAACUGUUGUCCUUUGUAAGGCAAGGCCCCCAGAGGCAUUUUUCUUGGCCCUCCCUCAGAUUUUACUGGAGCCCCAUGUUAAGACAGCAAGACCGAGGUAGGUCAGCAGCUGAGGUUCCCAUAUUUUCCAGUUUACAGAGCCUCACGCUGAAAACUGGGUUCUGGGAGAAGACACCAGAGAAGCACAUUCAGGAUGAGCUGUGGGUUUGCUCCUUAAUAUGCUCAUCCCCCGCCCCAGGGCCUGCAUUCAGUGAGGACAACUUCCAGAAGCCCCUGCAUGGGAAGCAUGUGAGCAGGGUUAGCGAAGUGCUCAUGCAAGCGUUCCUUGACAAUCCUGCUGCAUUGGGUAUUCUGUUAAAUCAGCGUUCUGCCAUGUCGGUGACAGGACCAGAGGAGCGAGUGAACUCAGUUAAAGAAAUGCACUGGUUACACUGCAGCUGGCUGGUGAGCACUCGUCCCAGUGCUCCACGUGCAAGCAUACACUUGGGCAUAAACCGGGCUUUGCCUGGAACAUGGCCACCUUGGGUCUGUUUGGUUCCUGAGUCUCCAAAAUGGUUGUGACCCACACGAUCAGAGCUCAACGUUGGCGGUGGUGGGUGCUGUGAGUCCAGAGCACUAACACGGGUAAGAGCCCUGGGCAUCUUCUCUACCUCAGGUCAGCAAGGAGGGACCCUCAGAUCAUUUGUUUCCUUUUGAUUUGUAGCAAAUGGCAAUGAACCUGGAGGCUCAGAGCAGUAGAGUAGAGGCAAGCAUAGCUUUGCUGGGCCUUUCUGCCCAGAUACCUCCUGGCUGCAGCCAAGGUAUGGCCCAAGGCUAGGGUCUCAGCAGAGUCUAGACUGGGGAAGGAUCUGUGUCCAUGCUCUUGUGGCUCCCUCCGCAGGCCAGUUCCCACGUGUCACAUCACACAAGUGAUGCCCUGUGGCGUUUCCUGAGUUCUGGUGGGAAGCAGGCCACAGGCCCUGCCCACUCUCAGAACAGGCUGGUCAAACACAUGGGCACCAAUGGGUAAGGAUCACGGCCUCCUGCUGCCAGCCACACCCCAUGUCCAUACUGUUCUACAGCCUCUCAAGCAGUGUCACCAGGUGACCAAACAUCAGAUGCAAGCCUUGGGGACGUUGCACAUCCUCUCAUAACAGUCUCCUUUCCUUGUGACUCUGCCUUCCAAGUGGGUGAUUCAUGUCCCCCAAAGAUCACAUGCCAGAGCUUCAGACACAGCCUGGUGUGGAAAUUGAGACGUCACAGGUAUGAUGGACUGUGUGGGGUUAGGGUGCAGGGUGCAUCGUGACAAAGUGGCGGUGUCCAUAGGGAUGAAUACAGACACAGGAAGAAGUCGUGGGACCAGAGGCAGAUGAGUGAUGGCCACAAGCCUAAGAGUCCCAAGAGCUCCCAAGAGCUGAGGAUGGGCAAGAGCACUCUGGAGCCUAAGACAGUCCCAGAGAUGACUUUGGGUCAGACACUGCCUGCCUUUGAGCUGGCACAGGUGAGUCUCAUGGGCCAAGACAUCAUCUGCUGAGACUAAGUGGGAAGCCAGAGGUCAUUCCAGCACCAAGGAUUAUGGCCUAGUGAUCUGUCUUCCCAGAAUAAACAAGUAAGGCCCUGGAUAGCCAGCAGUGUCAGUGCCACUUGGGUCAUAGGCUCAGACUCCAUGAACCUUCGAAGUGGGAAACAGGCCUGCCCUUGCCAUUCCACCCUUAAUCCCUUAACCAGCUGGAUGGCCCAAAAGAUGGUAGCCUCACUAUUACCCUUCUAUCUGAUGAGAAGUUGGAGACACAGAAAUGGCAAGUCGUUUGUUCAAGGCUAAACAGUAAUCUACAUCCCUACAAGUAGGAGCCCAUGUGCCUGUCCGAAUGUGCUCUGAUGCUCACGUGAAUCAGGACCUGCCUGAGACUCGCGGGUGCGGGGGGUGUAGAGCUCCCUCAGAGUAGCCCCAAGACCACUGCAGGCACUGGGUGCAGGGAUAAAGCACAGGGCUUCCUCAGAACAUUCUAGUCCCAUUCUAGCAUCCUGGCCAGGCCUCAGGUUAGCUAAAACGGAAGUACAAGCCAGGGACACUCCAGGCAGAAGCAUGACUUCUGCCAGGACCCCACACUGCUUGGCGCCCACUGACCCGACUUGCCUUGGAUUCUUGGCUCUGCCAGAUCCCAGGAUCUGCAUGUGACCUGGCCAGUCCCUUCUACUCCCUCAGCCAGGGCGUUUCUGCCAAAGUGCUGAAUGUGCACUUAUACCACAUGACCAGAGAGGCCAGGGCAGGAGAGGGCUGUAGUAGGCCUGGCUCCUGGCCUCUCCAACAGGGAGGCUCCAAUAGGUCCACGUCUGCAGACCUCAAGCCAGGUUUUGUAUGAGUGAAGCAGUUGGAACUGCAAAGGAGAAGCUGCUAAGCCUGGUUGGAUGGGUCCCCGCCCACAGGCCCAGCCCACUGAGGCUCCCCUGCAGAGGGCAGCUGGGAGGAACAGGAACUUUCACUGCCCUGGGAUGGAGCUUUCAAGCAUGGCCCAUAUGGCAACCAGGCAAGCAUUCAGCCUGUGGCCUGGCAGGACCUAUGACACACCAGCUUCUCACUGCCUGGCCUGCCAGACCAGCAGUAACCCACCUCUCCUGGUGAUGCCGCCAGCACUAAUCCUGUAAGGAUCCAGAGACAAACGGUGCCUUCUCUUGAGUGAGGCUGGCUUCCUCAGUGCACUAUAGCCUUCCUACCUGGACCUGAAGGAGUCCCUGACCAUGAGGCUGGCAGCAUCUCCACUGAGUACUGAGCAAGGAAUGUCUUCUUCCAAGGCUGCUUGGCUCUCCAGAAAUCUAGGUUCAUGUGGCAGUGAUUUAUUCUAUUAUGGAGUACUCCAGAGCAAAUGAGUUUGCUCCUCUAAGAAGGAGGAAUGUGAGAGGAGGCUCCAGAGAGCCACCCAGAUCCUCUUACUGAGUUCUGAAGCCACCACUUCCUCCAUAUUUCCUCCCCUCUUUCUCUUCCCUCCGGCCCUCCCUUCCUGUGCUACUCCUACAAGCAGAGUUGAAAGGAUGCUAGAAUCAACCCUUUCACAGCCCAGGGGCUGUUCUGUGAGAACAGGCCUGGGAUCCGGUCUGUGUCCAUGUCCAGAUGGAACAUGGGGCAGGCCUGGCUGGCAGGGACCUCUAAGAAUCUGAGCUGGAAUUGCCAGCCUAGUUCUUCCAUUCCCAGGGUUGGGGAACCUGAGGCUGUGCCCCAGGCUGAAAUAAAUCUCCAGCUACAGGGAAGAGAGCCAGACUAGAUGGCUCUAUAGAUUGUCUGAGGAGCUGCAGCUGCUGGAAUAUUUCUUCUUGCUGCCUCCUGUGAGGUCCUCAGUAUUCCUAAUUGUGCUGGCUAGUUUUAUGUCAACAUAAACUAGUUAUUUGAAAGGAGGGAACCUCAAUUGAGAAAAAGCCUUCAUAAGAUCUAGCUGUAAGGCAUAUUCCUAAUUAAUGAUUGAUGGGUGAGCGAGGGCUCAGCUCAUUGUGGAUGGUGCUAUCCCUGAGCUGGUGGUCCUGGGUUCUAUAAGACAGCAGUUUGAGCAAGCCAAGGGGAGCAAGCUAGUAAGCAGCACCCUUCCAUGGUCUUUAAACUGCCUCCAUGUUCCUGUCCUGAUUUCCUUUGAUAAUAAACAGUGAUAUGAAAGAAUAAGCCAAAUAAACCCUUUCCUCCCCAA